AUGACGAAGGUUAAUCAGGAACUGGCUUGUUCGCGCCGGAAGUCGCGCAAGGCCCAUUUCGGUGCCUCUUCGGGCGAGCGACGAGUUAUUAUGAGCGCACCUCUGAGCAAGGAACUGAGAGAAAAGCACAAUGUAUGGCUACCUGCCCUGGUUCAUCGACUUCGGAGCCUGUUACCCUCGGAUUAUGGCCCCAUUGCGCUGGAAAAAUUGCUUCAAAAUUCGCAAGGCAAAGAAGAAUAUGAGGUCCGCUCAAUACCCAUCCGCAAAGAUGACGAAGUCACCAUCGUUCGUGGCACCAACAAAGGCCGUGAGGGGAAGAUCACCAGCGUAUACCGCCUCAAGUAUGUCGUUCACGUCGAGCGUGUGACCCGCGAGAAGUCCAACGGCCAGAGCGUCCCGAUCGGUAUCCAUCCCUCCAAAGUCGUCAUCACUAAGCUUAAGCUGGAUAAGGAUCGCGAGAGCAUCCUUGACCGUAUCGGCAAGGGAAGAGAAGCUAGAGCGAAGGCUGCAUCUGCAUAG